UGAAGUAAACUGUUUACUGCUUAGUUUAUUAUUUACACCAUUAAAACUGCAGGUGACCCGAUCAGGGUUAAAGUGAAUGCUCCAAAUUACCCUGUGUGCCUUUACCAGGUGGUCCCACUUAUUAGACAGCAAAUCUGCCUUUGGGGUUAUUUCAUCAGCACUCAGUCCCGAUAGAGAUAACUGCUUCAUACUGUCACUGGUCAAGCCUGUAUUUUAAUAAUCAUCUGUGGUACUGGGAAAUAUAAUGCAUGUUAUAGCCUGUAAUACUGAUCUCAAAGGCGCUGUUGACACCAUAUUCCGCAAGAACAGAGUCAUCAGAGCAAAGAUUGCAGUGCAGUUGUUGAUUUAUAGGAAGGUUAGCUGAUGGGGCCUCCCUAGACUAUCAAGAAGUAAACCUCCCAAAGUGAUGGCAGACCAACCAUAGCUCAUAAUCUAAUCUAACCUGAAACUCCAGCACAGAACUGAAGGAGUGCCGCAUUAUCGAAAGGGCUGUAACCUUAAAAUGAAGUAUCAAACCAAAUCUGCCUGUCCAGGUGGCAUGAAGGAACCCCUGAUUAUAUUUGAAGAGGAGUAAAGGAUUUUUCUUGGGACCUGGCCAAUGUUCCCCUUUCAACCAAUACCCCUCCAAAAAGUUGCACAUAGUGUAUUAAAGGGUGAACAUAGAUCCAGCUAAAUGGAACACCACUCUUAAACAGCCAACAACUGUGAAGACAGAUACUCAAAUACCCUAAUCUCAAUGGCGGAGGAGGAAAGAAACAAAACCAUAGCUGUGCACAUCAGACAUGGCCUCUAUCAUUCUGCCAUCACAAACCAGAAUAUGAACUUACUUAUUCGGGGAGUGGUCCUGUUUUCUAUUGGUGUGUUCUUAGCACUUGUAUUGAACUUAUUACAGAUACAAAGAAAUGUUACCCUUUUUCCUCCUGAUGUGAUUGCCAGCAUUUUCUCUUCCGCUUGGUGGGUUCCACCAUGUUGUGGCACAGCAUCGGCUGUGAUUGGUUUGCUUUACCCCUGCAUUGACAGCCAUCUGGGAGAACCACACAAAUUCAAAAGGGAAUGGUCCAGUGUAAUGCGUUGUGUGGCAGUCUUUGUCGGCAUAAACCAUGCCAGUGCUAAGGUGGAUUUUGCCAACAAUAUGCAGCUGUCCCUUACAUUAGCAGCACUUUCCAUUGGAUUGUGGUGGACCUUUGAUAGAUCUCGAAGUGGCUUUGGGCUUGGAAUAGGAAUUGCUUUUCUUGCCACAUUGGUCACUCAGCUUUUAGUCUACAAUGGUGUUUACCAAUAUACAUCUCCAGAUUUCCUUUACGUUCGAUCUUGGUUACCUUGUAUAUUUUUUGCUGGUGGAAUAACAAUGGGAAAUAUAGGACGUCAGUUAGCAAUGUAUGAGUGUAAAGUUAUUCCAGAGAAGCCUCACCAAGAUUGAAGCACUAUUGUGGAAAUUUGAAGAUUUCAAUUAGACAAUUUGAAAUAAGGAUGAAAUGCCAAAUGAAUGUAAAAAGCUGUAAAUAAGGUAUCCAGCUGUAAAAUUGCAGUAACUGCAGUUUUUCUUUUCACUCUGGUACAUGAAAUGCAAUCUGUGAUUGCUCAUGGUAUAAAAUGUCCUGUUAGAGCAUUAUUGUGUUGUGAAUACACUUACAAGACCAUACAUCUAUAUGCAACUCUAGAUCCCAUCUUAGUAUAUGGAGAACAUUUAUUUUAUUCCCAGGGAAAGAUUUUGGAACAUACGAGCAGGUGUGUGGUGCCAAACAGGUAUAUAAUUUCAUUGCUCUGUUAGUUUUAAUCUGGAUGAGUAAAAGUUUCAGAUUUUAUACUUCAUUUAAAAUGGUCAUUGGACAGUAUCCUGCAAUUAUUUAGCUUGCUCAAUUUUUGAAUACCUUAAAAUUGCAAUUGUGCUUUUUUUCCCUCAAGUAUCGGCUUGCAUGUGUGUAUUUAUAAACCUUUAAAGUUCAGAAGGUUCAACAAUAGUUGAAUGAAGUGCAAGAUUAGUGUUUCUGAUUUUUAGAAUAUAUUUUAUAUAAGGGCAAUAUUUUAUGGUGCUGCCUUAACAGGGAACGUAACAUCUGAACUUUUGGCUCAUCCCCAUUUUUAGAACCCUGCUUGUAGCAAUAGAAAUAGGAUGUUUGCAGAUGCAUGAAGCUGCUUCUACCAACAUAUAUCUGCACAAGCGUGUAAUAUUAUUGAAACAAUAUACUAUCGAUUGAUACUUCAAAACAUUGCGAGCUCUGAUCACCUAUUGUAGUGGGAUUUGGACAUCCUCAUACCUAGACCGAUUUGUGUUUUCAGCUGACUCCUGAAAAGUUUAAGAAUGCGUACUACUGUACUUGUUUUGUUUAGAAUAUAAGAUUUUAUGUCGUAGCAAGGACUUCUUGCAUAGCAGCCAAAUGUUAAAUUUUAAAAAACUGCAUCUUCAAGAAAUUUGUGCAGAAAAUGAUAAUUCAAAUUGUUCUUAUUUAUCAAUUUUGGGGUUAUCUUUCAUGGAACUUCAGUCCUUUCCAAACAAAGUGGGGUAAAAUCAUUUGGCUUUGUAAGUAUUUUAGUCUAAUUUAUUCUGAUUAAAUAUAUACUGAAUGUUCAAUAAAAUGUAUAUUCUGGUAAUGCUGACUGCUUCAGUCCUGUGGGAAAAAACUACAUAUUUUAUUUUUAAAAGAAAGUCUUCUAGUUGCACAAUGCACCUCUUGAUGGCUUUUAAUGGUGGUUGACAGUGUUUAUACAAAAUUAAGGUCAAGAGACACAAUUCCAGGAGAAAAGCUUUCUAAUUGUAUGAGAUUGUGGAAGGAGUUCAAACAUGCUUGGGAUUGUUUUAUAUUUGCUAUGUAAAUUAUACCCCUACAUAAAAUCACUCUUCAUUGGUACAUUUAACCUGCGCUGUUACAAUUACCAACAUUUGAAAUAGAAAUUGAUAUGAUUUCAGGUUAGUAAUAAAAUCACUAUUACA